AUGAGAAUGCCGAUGAAUUUCCUUGUUUCUUUUCUAGGUGGUCUAGUUCUUGCAGUUCUGAUUCAAGCCCAAGAUCAAUCAGGGUUCAUCAGCAUAGAUUGCGGGGGUGCUGCGGGUAUCAGCUAUACUGUGACGACAACAGGUGUAAAUUAUACUUCAGAUGCAAAGUUCAUAAAUAGUGGUGUAAGAAGAACAAUAGCAACUGAACUCAAAACUCGCUAUCAGCGACAACUGUGGAAUCUCAGAAGCUUCCCGCAAGGAAGAAGGAACUGCUACAAAAUAAACAUCACAAGAGGCUCUAAUUAUCUGAUUCGGACUGUUUUUUUGUAUGGAAAUUAUGAUGGCCUAAAUAAGUUACCACAGUUUGAUAUUCUUCUUGGGCCAAACCGGUGGGUUACAGUGACUAUUCAGAAUGCAAAUGAAGACCAAAGCAACGAGAUUAUACAUGUAUCUUCAUUGGAUCACAUACACAUUUGUCUGGUUGAUACGGGCUCUGGGACACCAUUUAUAUCAUCUAUAGAAUUGAGGACUUUGAAAAAUGAUACUUAUGUCCCUCAGUUUGGAUCGUUGGAAACUUACGAACGGUGGAAUUAUGGUUCAGACGAAGACUACAGGUACAGCUACGAUGUUUAUGAUCGUUACUGGAAUGGCUAUGGUAACAACAGUGAUUGGACACAACUAAGUGCUUCGGUUGAUGCUGAUUCUUUAAACCAGAACGAUUACAAACCACCAGCUAUUGUCAUGAGCACUGCAAGUACACCAAAAAAUGCAAGUGCUCCAUUAGUAAUAAGUUGGGAGCCAAAAGAUCAAAAUGAGCAAUUCUAUCUUUACAUGCACUUCCUGGAGAUUCAAGUGUUAGCAAAGAAUCAGACAAGGGAAUUCAACAUCAUCCAAAAUGGGGCUCUAUGGUAUGACAAUUUAAUUCCAGAUAACCAAGCCGUAAACACAAUAUAUAGCAUGCAAGCCUUGAGUGGGAAAGAAAUUAUAUUUUCGCUUGAGAAGACCAAGAAUUCAACCUUGCCUCCCAUCAUCAAUGCCAUCGAAAUUUACAAAGUAAUAGAACUUCAGCAAUCAGAUACAUUCCAAGGAGAUGUUGAUGCAAUUACAACGAUCCAGUCAAUUUAUGGGGUGACAAGAGAUUGGCAAGGUGAUCCAUGUAGCCCUCUAGCCUACUUGUGGGAUGGCUUAAAUUGUACAUACCGUGGAAAUGAUUCCCCAAGAAUCACAACUUUGAAUUUAUCUUCAAGUGGAUUGUCAGGAAAGAUAAAUCCUUCAAUUUCAAAGCUCACCAUGCUGGAGAAGUUGGAUUUAUCAAACAAUAGAUUAAUUGGCGAAGUUCCUGAUUUUCUGUCUCAAUUACAAAACUUGAAGAUCUUAAACUUGGAGAACAACAACCUCACUGGAGCAAUUCCCUCGACGCUACUUCAAAAAUCUAAGGAAGGUUCAUUAUUGCUAAGUGUGGGCCAAAAUCCCCAUCUAUGUGAAUCUGGUCAAUGCAACGAGGGGAAGAAAAAGAAGAAGAACAUUGUUGCACCUAUAGUAGCUUCAAUUUGUGGGGUUUUGAUCCUUAUCGUGGCCGUGGCAGCUAUAUUGUGGACCCUUAAAAAGAGAAAACCAAAAGAAAAUGAUCAAAGUGAGAUCUCGCGGCAAUACACAGAACAAGAUGAUUCAUUUCUGCAAUUCAAAAAACAAAUAUAUUCAUACUCUGAUGUCCUUAAAAUCACCAACAACUUCAAUAGAGUUGUUGGAAAAGGUGGGUUUGGAACAGUUUAUCUGGGCUAUAUUGAUGACAUUCCUGUUGCAGUGAAGAUGCUUUCUCCAUCGUCAGUUCAUGGUUAUCAACAGUUCCAGGCAGAGGUUAAACUUUUAAUGAGAGUUCAUCAUAGAAAUCUAACAUCCCUUGUGGGGUAUUGUAAUGAAGGAACCAAUAAGGGUCUCAUAUACGAGUACAUGGCUAAUGGAAACUUACAAGAGCAUCUCUCUGGUAUACACAGCAAAACAAAAUUCUUGACCUGGGAAGACAGACUUCGUAUAGCAUUGGAUGCAGCCUUAGGAUUGGAGUAUCUGCAAAAUGGUUGCAGGCCACCCAUAAUCCAUAGAGAUGUAAAAUCUACGAACAUAUUGUUGAAUGAACACUUCCAAGCAAAAUUAUCUGAUUUUGGUCUAUCCAAAGUUAUCCCAAAUGACGGGGGAACUUAUGUGUCAACUGUAAUUGCUGGUACUCCUGGUUAUCUGGACCCAGAAUACUACAUAUCCAACAGGUUAACAGAGAAAAGUGAUAUUUACAGCUUUGGAGUUGUUCUUUUGGAGAUAAUCUCAAGCCAACCAGUGAUAGCAAAGAAUCAAGAAAGGACUCACAUAAGUCAAUGGGUUAACUCUUUGAUCGCAAAAGGGGAUAUCAAGGCCAUUGUUGACUCAAGGUUAGAAGGAGAUUUUGACAGUAACUCAGUUUGGAAAGCAGUAGAAAUAGCAACGGCUUGUUUGUCUUCAAAUCUCAACAAAAGGCCAACCAUAAGUGUGAUAGUGGCUGAACUAAAGGAGUCUUUAGCAACAGAAUUAUCUCGAACCAAAUAUAGCAGCCGUGUUACCGAUACAAGAGAUUCGCUGUUCACUAUGGAUUUGAAUACUGAUUUCGCUCCCCUGGCCAGAUAAAAGCUUAUGCAAGAUAAGAGAAAUAAAAUCAUUUUAUAAUAAAUAACUUAAGCCUGUGAAGAUUGAGAUGUGUUCAGCAAGUGAUCUUCCUCUAGCAAUUUCAGAAUGAGAUCAAGCCCGAAUGGGAGUGAUUUUGCAUGAGAAGUGAGUAUCAUGCCCCAUUUUUUUUUGUAUUGACUAUUGUUUUGAUGCUACUCUUGUCCUCCAUGAGACUCUGCGUCUGGAAGUGGUGAUUGUAGUGGAGUGUGCUACUAGGUGUGAACAAAAUUUCAUAUUUUAAAAUAAUAUUAUUUGUUCAUUCUUUUAAAUGAAAUUUUGUCUACAAUUGAAUGUUUUGCUAAAAUUUACCAAACCUACCUCUUAACUGCUUUGAUUUUAAAUUAUACCAAAUUAUAACAAUGAAACCAUAAGCAUGAGAUAAGAAAUUACACAAAUUUUAUUCACCUUUAAGACGAACUAUAAAGCAGAAUGACAAGUAGUCAUUAUAUUAAUUCAAAAGAAAGGGUAAACAAGAUAAUGUUCUCUUUUCCUCCCCUACCAAUUAUUUCUCAGCAGAAAGAGUAAUUCAUAGCAGCAUUACAACUAAGUAGUAGAUUUCCAAUCUAAAAGGGAAGAAACAGAAUGCUCAGUUACUCACCAAGAGAAGUGAAGUCAUAAAAAUUCCCUCCGUCAGAAUACAUCUCUGCAAGUUGAAGAAUAAAUGAAAUGAUUCCAAACUGACUUUGGCAAAUAAAUGUGUACCAAACAAACAGUCAGAUAACAACUUUACCUGUUUUAUACAAAUUCAGAAUUGAAUAUUUUUUGUCUUCACCAAUCACUAACAAACUAAAAUUUAAGACAGAAAAACAGUAUAGCGGACCAUCAUGUCUGUUAGGUAAACGACGAAGAAUCAAUUUAAAUAUCAAACAUAGAACAAUUUAACAAGAAAAUAACAAAUCCAAAAACUUCAAGUAGCAAAUAUUCUCAAAAUACCAAAGUGAACUUCAAGUAGGGACUAGAGAAACCAUAACUCUAGCUUUGUUAAAGAGAUACAUAGGUCAAACAUAGCCUGAGUAAUAAGGGAAAUUUCUUAGGGAAACUACCGAAAAUGCUACAAAAUACAAUAACAACUUGCUUUCAUUAUCGUAUAGUGUCUUGACAACAUUAUUUUCUUAAAUAAUAAUUUGCUGAAAAUGUUAUGAUUAGCCAAAAAACUACAUGCAUCAAAUGCAAGUACUACUUAACAUUAUCCUCGCCAUACAGUCAUACCUAGUGACAAAUAAUGCAAAUAUAUAUCUUAUGGGUCAAUGAAGUACAUGAAGAAACAAAAUCCCAUUUGGCUUCUUCCGUUUUCUCUCCAUUCCCACAUUUAAUAGUUAGAUUGAGUAGUCACGGACAAAGCUAUCUGUAAAAGGAGUUCAAGUUCUGUGCCAUUGUGAUCAAUCUUCUUCCAUUGCAUUGGUUCUAUAGUAAUCUGAACAUGACAGGAAACUGUAAAUAAAAUUAUUUCAACAAUAACGCAUGCUUAAGUUACACUCAAUAAUAUUAAGAGCAUUAAUAAAUAAAAUACCUUCACAGCAAUGUUUUCUUGACUUUGAAAAAGAGGGACCAUAACUGUGUCCGUUCUCUUUUUUCUCUGGAAUCUACAAAACUAUGAAGUACAUCAACUGCGAUACAACAAUGAGGUGCUAGAAAGCCACAAUUUUUAAAUAUCAAUGAGCAUUAAUAAUCUAUGAUAUGUUUAAAGCCAAUUUACUAUUUCCCUCUCUUAACUUUCACCAAGUUUUAGGCUUUGCAUCGUCAUCAUGAAUAAAAUGUGAUUAAGACGCUCCAUGCUGGCUUGAAAGCUACAAAAAGGUGAUUCUAUAUCAUCUUUUCUUUUGACAAUAACAAGUUCCUCAUCAAAGAAGGCGUUUUGAAGCAAACCGUUGAGACAAUUUACCAUAAAUUACAUAUAAAUAGCAUAAAAAUACUAACUUAUCAAAAUUUCUCUACAUCUACUACAUCCAUUGUCCAAAAUCGGCUGAACAAUCAUGAAAACUAUUCGCCAAAAAAGAGUGUAUAAUUGACGUACUCAAAGACGAGAUAGGCCCUAAAUAAAAACCAUGGGCUUGGAUUGCGAGAAGGGAUU